AUGGCCACCACCGAGGCAAAGAAACAAGAAGGCUCGUCAUCGGCGACAUCGAACCAAGAGUUGAAUCCAAGGACAACACAGUAUGAAUUCCUUGGUCCCGUGGGUGCAUUCCUCUUCGUCACGGUGCUACCUCUUUUGGUGCUCUUUUUUGCGGUCUGCUGCAAUGCCACCGGCUAUCCAUCCAAGUCCUUGAUGGCAGAUCCUCAAGCCUACUUUUCCAACCUCUUUACCAAGGAACUCUUGCACCAAUUAUUUGAUCCCGUGGCUAUGCUUGUCUAUGUUGGCUUUGUUGGUUUCCUUGCUCUCUUGUAUAACAUCCUCAAUGGUGAUAUGAUGCCUGGUACCAAGUUGCGUAACGGCCAGAUCUUAAAGUAUCCUUUGAACGGUUUCUCGAGUUUCCACAACACUAUCUUUUUUGGUAUCUUUGUUCUUGUUCAAACCGGAUUGAAGAUGAAGCCUUUGCUUUUCGUGUACGAUCAUUGGGUUGGUUUGGUGAUGGCCUCGAUCCUCUUCAGCUAUGCUAUCUCCUUGUUUGUCUACAUCCGAAGCUUCAAACCUGGUGCACUUUUAGCUCUUGGCGGUAACUCGGGCAAUCCAUUGUAUGAUUACAUGAUUGGCCGUGAGCUCAACCCUCGUAUUGGUAGCUUUGAUAUCAAGUUCUUCACCGAGCUUCGACCAGGUCUCAUUGGCUGGGUGGUGAUCAACUUGUGCAUGGCUUGUAAGCAAUAUACUGAUCUCGGCCGUAUUACAAACUCCAUGGUCCUUGUGUUGGCAUUCCAUACAUUUUACGUUGCCGAUGCAUUAUGGAAUGAGGAGGCUGUGUUAACUACCAUGGAUAUUACUACUGAUGGCUUUGGUUUCAUGCUUGCCUUUGGUUUGUAUACCUGGGUCCCAAUGAAUUACACUCUUCAAGCACGUUACCUUGUGGAUUUCCCUCGUGACAUGAGCUACUAUGAAGUUGCAGCUGUUAUUGGUCUCAAUUGCCUCGGCUAUUUCAUCUUCAGAAGUGCCAAUUCCCAAAAGAAUGCAUUCCGCAUGAACCCUGAUGGCGAUCGUGUCAAGCAUCUCAAGUAUCUCAAGACCGAGCGUGGUACUAAGCUUAUCAUCUCAAGCUGGUGGGGCAUGUCGCGUCAUAUCAAUUACCUUGGCGACUGGUUGAUGGCAUUGUCUUGGAGUCUGCCAUGUGGAUUUGGAUCAAUCAUUCCCUACUUUUACCCCAUCUACUUUGCUGUUUUGUUAUUACAUCGUGAAAGAAGAGAUGAUCAUCAAUGCCGUAUCAAGUACGGAAAGGAUUGGGACAAGUAUUGCAGCAUUGUCAAGUCCAGAAUUAUUCCAGGCAUUUAUUAA